AUGCGGCCAGGAGGGGGCGGUGACAGCUGUGACCCAGCUCCGCGCUCUCACCUUGAACAUGUUGCUGGCAGCCGCGGCUCCGGCGAGGUCACCCCGGCUUCGGCCCCGCCCACUACUGACAGGCGGCUACGGCGGCCCGAUAGGGCCUUGCUUCAACUGACCGCGAAAGGACUGCGAAUUAGCACAACAAUGGCACUUGAGUCUAGUCCAAACUGUAAUAAUAUAGAUUGUGAACUUAAAGCCUUCAUUUAUGUACUUUCAGAUAAGAUGAUUGGAAGGAAAAUAAAGUUUUCCUCAAAUCCACCAGUUACUGGUGUUUCAAAAUCAAAUACCAAGGAUUCAGAAAAAGACCAGGAAAAAACCGAGGUCAAAGAAGUGAAAAAAACUAAACAAGAUAUUGCAGCUCAAAUAAUACAGUAUGCCUGGUUUUCUUAUAUCGAUAAGACAAUAUUUAAGCUCCUAAAACACACAGUUUGUGCAGCAGAACAUUUUGUAACAUAUGAAAUACUAAAAAAAGUUAGCCCGCUAGAGGCUAAGCUGAUUAAAGAUCCAGCCAUGAAGUGUAGAGUUAGAUUCAGAUUUAGUGGUGAGAAGUUUCCACCUUUCAUCGUGUUUAAAAUUUUUCUUCAUACUGAAGGUCAUGGUUACAAGUAUAUUAGCGGCAAAAACAUAAUGAAGGCAUCACAUGAGGCAAUGGUUGGUGCUUAUAACAUGAUGGGAGAAAAACAAUUUCUUGAGCAAAUUUUGGAAGAUCAACGUUUUUUCCAUAAGUUCAAAAUAACUGAUGAAAUCGAUAUUAUCACAUUGAAAGAUUACAUGAAAUAUACCAGUCUCAUGGAUGAAAUUCCUGCACGUUCUGGUGGCAGAAAUAACCAUUGGAGAAGAUUAAACCUCGAAAACUUUCCCAGAAACACAAUUAUGUAUGAUAUAGUUGAUUAUGCAGAGUCUGGGACACUCUCAGCCCGUCUACAAAAAGAAAUAAAGUUUCUAACACAGAAACCAAAAACAGAAGAGAUGCGUCAGCACCAGCUACAGAUUGUUUCUGCAGUUAGGUCCCCUUCACCCUCUUUAACAAUCAUGCCUUUAUAUCGACCUUAUAAAAAGCAAACUCAAAUGAAACAUCUGGGCCGUCGAUCCAAAAAGGCCCAAAUGAAAGUUGAAAAAAUGAGAAAAGCUUAUAUGAAGGAAAGCAAACAAGAUGCUACUCCAGUGACCGAACCAAAAAUUUCCAAACCACGUAUACUGCUGCAGGAGAUCGUUGUGUCCACACCAGCUUUUGACAUCGUGAGAGUUCUGGAAAUGUCAGAUGAGGAAUUGGGGAGAAGAAAACAGGAAUUAUAUGUCUGGUCUCAAGGUUUAUAUUGUAUGAAAUCUCCACCAUCUUAA